AUGAAAGAACUCGGCAUCUCAACUGAAGAACUUUCUGAAAGCCGACUGAUGAUUCAAGGAUUCAAUCAAAGAGGACAAAGGGCCGUAGGAGCUAUCAAGCUGGAAAUCGCCAUGGGAGAUAUGCAAUCAACUGCAUGGAUGCAUGUGAUCGAUAUAAAGACUUCAUACAAUUUGUUGCUUGGCAGGCCGUGGAUACACAAGAACAAAGUUGUCCCAUCAACUUACUACCAAUGUUUGAAAUAUAAUAAAGAUGGAGUCGAAAAUAAGAUAGUUGCUGAUGACAAGCCGUUCUAUGAAGCCGAGGCAUACUUCGCUGAUACAAAGUUCUACUUGAAGAACCACAUCAUGAAGGGAGUAAAAGUUGAUGACAUCACGAAGGCCAAAGGCAUGAAAAUAGCUCAUUUAUUUCGUUACGUCCCAAAAGUGAAGAAAGAUGAAGGAGAAUCAUCAAGCCUCCAAAAAGGUGCACUAAGAGAAUUAACCCUUCCUAUCAAGCAGAUUGAUACCAUAAAGUUAUCUUCAAAGCUACUGGAAAAUUUUGUGGCCCCUAACAUGCCUCAAAAUAAGGCACUCCCUACGAAACGCACAAAUGAAGGUUUUGAUCUGAAUGCUUACAGGUUGUUCGCAAAGGCUGGAUAUGAUCCCAAUGAACCAUCUAAGUUAGGGAAGCUCCCACCUGAAGCUACUAGGAAAGCAAACACGAUGAAGGAUAAUGAGCGUGCGCAAUACACUUCAUCCCUAAGGAAAUUUGACGAAUAUUUGGGAAAUGCCUCUUGGUGUGGCCAUAUAUCUUUUAAUGAUGGUGAUCCUCAAAAAGACGAAGAUGUCGAGGAUGCUCCUGCGGAACUAGAAGAAGGAAUUAAAAUGACUGUUGAUGCAUUGAAAGAAGUCAACCUUGGCACUGCAGAAGACUCCAAGCCCACCUAUGUAAGUGCCCAAUUAACCACAGAUGAAGAAAACACUUAUGUGGAGCUACUCAAAGAAUAUAGAGAUGUCUUUGCUUGGAGCUACAAAGAGAUGCCUGGUUUAGAUCCUAAGGUAGCAGUUCAUCAUCUCGCAGUCAAGAAAGGAGCUCGUCCUGUUAAGCAAGCCCAAAGACGCUUCAGGCCAGAAUUGAUCCCAUCAAUCGAAGCCGAGGUCAAUAAACUCAUCGAAGCUGGUUUCAUUCGGGAGGUUAAAUAUCCUUCAUGGAUUUCAAGCAUUGUUCCUGUGAAGAAGAAGAAUGGCCAAAUUCGAGUUUGUGUCGAUUUUAGAGACCUCAAUAAUGCAUGCCCUAAGGACGAAUUUUCGCUCCCCAUUCCAGAGCUUAUGAUUGAUGCCACCACCGGAUAUGAGACGAUGUCUUUCAUGGAUGGAUCAUCUGGCUACAAUCAAAUACGUAUGGCACCAGAAGAUGAAGAGCUUACUGCGUUUCGCACUCCUAAAGGCAUUUAUUGCUACAAAGUAAUGCCUUUUGGCUUGAAGAAUGUUGGCGCCACAUAUCAAAGGGCAAUGCAGAAUAUCUUUGACGACAUCCUCCACAAGAAUGUGGAAUGCUAUGUGGAUGAUUUAGUGGUGAAAUCAAGAAAGAGAGGAGACCACUUACAAGACUUAAGAAUGGUGUUCGAACAACUCCGGAGAUAUCAACUCAGAAUGAACCCGUUGAAAUGUGCAUUUGGAGUUACUUCUGGAAAAUUCCUUGGCUUCAUUGUUCGACAUCGAGGGAUUGAGAUAGAUCAAGCCAAAAAAGGAGCUCGUCCUGUUAAGCAAGCCCAAAGACGCUUCAGGCCAGAAUUGAUCCCAUCAAUUGAAGCCGAGGUCAAUAAACUCAUCGAAGCUGGUUUCAUUCGGGAGGUUAAAUAUCCUUCAUGGAUUUCAAGCAUUGUUCCUGUGAAGAAGAAGAAUGGCCAAAUUCGAAUUGCAGCCCAAGAAAGGUCAGUAGGAGCCCUUUUGGCCCAGGAAAAUGGUGAAACGAAAGAAAAUUACCUCUACUACUUGAGUAGGAUGAUGACCCCAAAUGAGCUAAAGUAUUCUCCGAUCGAAAAGUUAUGUUUGGCAUUGGUUUUCGCAAUUCAAAAGGCUCUCAUCUCAAGGGCGAACCCGAUCAAGUUUGUUAUGUCAAAACCCGUCCUCAAUGAUCGAUUAGCAAGGUGGUAUCUCCAAUUUCAACAAUUCGAGAUUGUGUAUAUCCCACAAAAAGCUGUGAAAGGACAAGCUUUGGCAGAUUUCUUGGCAGAUCAUCCAAUUCUUGAUGAUUGGAAGUUGACUGAUGAACUACCUGAUGAGGAUGCGAUGGUCAUCGAAGUGAAACCACCGUGGAAAAUGUAUUUUGAUGGUGCCGCACAUUGUGAGGGAGCUGGUGCAGGUGUUGUGUUUGUCACUUCUCAAGGGGAAGUCUUGCCAUAUUCCUUCACCUUAACACAACAUUGCACCAACAACGUUGCGGAAUAUCAAGCACUCAUACUUGGGCUUGAGAUGGCCAUUGAUAUGAGACAACUCCAAUUACAUAUUUUUGGAGACUCUGAGUUAGUGAUCAAUCAAUUGCUAGGUAGCUACGAGGUCAAAAAGCUAGAAUUGCGUCGUUAUUAUGAUUAUGCACAGAAAUUGAUUGGAUGGAUUGGCAAUGUAACUCUUCAGCAUGUGCCAAGGAAGGAAAAUAAGAAGGCUGACGCCCUAGCUACUUUAGCUUCAACAUUGACUCUGCUCGGCCAGAAACAAAUCACUAUCUGCCAAAAAUGGAUAGUACCGCCAGAUGAGAACGAGGAUGAAGAAAGCAAGCUCGAGUGUUUGGUAGCCGUCGCUGAAGCUGUGAAGGUUGAUUGGCGACAAACCAUGAUUGACUACUUAUGUUAUGGGAUACUUCCAGAAGAUCCAAUAAGAAAGACCGAAAUUCGUUGGCGUGCCCCUCGCUUCCUUUACUACAAAGACACUUUGUAUCGAAGAUCAUUUGAGGGAGUUAUCUUACGUUGUUUAGGGGAAGAUGAAGCAACUCAAGCUAUGCAAGAGGCACACUCUGGAGUUUGUGGAUCACAUCAAUCCGGGCCGAAGCUCCACUUCCACAUUAAGAGGAUGGGUUACUAUUGGCCGACAAUGGUGAAAGAUUGCUUAGAUUAUGCUCGGAGAUAUAUUGUUGGACCACUUCCAAAAUCUUCUGGAGGACAUCUAUACAUCUUGGCCGCAACUGAUUAUUUCUCAAAAUGGGCAGAGGCCGUUGCUCUCAAGGAAGUGAAGAAAGAGAAUGUUGCAAACUUCAUUCGAGUGAACAUCAUAUAUCAUUUCGGCAUUCCUAGUUAUAUAAUCACAGAUAAUGGCAAACCGUUCGAUAACAAAUUGAUGAUCAAGAUCUGUGAACUUUUUGGCUUCAAGCAACGUAAUUCGUCAAUGUAUUAUGCUGCUGCAAAUGGACUAGCCGAAGCAUUUAACAAGACGCUUUGCAACUUGUUAAAGAAGGUCGUCUCCAAGUCUAAAAGAGAUUGGCAUGACAGAAUGGAAGAAGCUUUGUGGGCAUAUCGUACGACUCAUCGCACGUCGACACAAGCAACUCCUUAUUCUCUUGUUUAUGGAGUCGAAGGAGUUCUUCCUGUUGAGCGUCAAAUACCGUCCUUGCGACUCGCUGUCCAAGAAGGUCUUAUUGAGGAAGAAAACGCUCGCCUACGCCUUGAAGAACUUGAAUCCCUUGAUGAAAAAAGGCUAGAAGCUCAACAAAGUCUUGAAUGUUAUCAAGCUCGACUUUCUCGUGCUUUCAACAAAAAGGUUCGCUUGAGGUCCUUCCAAGUUGGCCAUCAAGUUCUUGCAGUAAGAAGACCUAUUAUCACCUCUCGCAAAUCUGGGGGCAAAUUCACUUCAAAGUGGGAUGGUCCAUAUGUUGUGCAAGAAGCCUAUUCAAGUGGAGCUUACAAGUUAGUUGAUGCAGAUGGCAUGAGAAUUGGCCCUAUCAAUGGGAAAUUUUUGAAGAGGUACUAUCCUUGA